GAAGAAGCUGAAUAGUGACGUCAGCGGUUCCGGGUUCUGCCGAGUGUUGUGUUGUCAUAUGUUAAGAUGUCAUCGCACGAUCACCUGUCUCUCUGUCUAUGCGAUUUAAUGAGGUUAUUAUGGUCACUGCUGUUGCCUUCCCUCUAUUUGAGUCUUGUCCUGAUAGCCAUCCUCUUCAUCUUCAUCUUGGGGGUCAGAACCUGGUUGCAGAUGAAGAGGAAGACCAGGAGAGCUCAAGAUGACCAGCCUACUGUGGCCUUCUUUCACCCGUACUGCAAUGCGGGUGGAGGUGGAGAGAGAGUGCUGUGGUGUGCUUUACGCGCUCUUCAAAACAGGUACCAGGAUGUUUCCUUUGUGGUCUACACAGGAGACCAGGGUGUGACUGGAGAACAGAUCUUAAAUGGAGCAAGGCAGCGCUUCAACAUCAAACUCCCUCGACCCGUUAAGUUUGUGUUCUUGAAACAUCGCCUCUUGGUGGAGGCGAAACUUUACCCACACUUCACUCUUUUGGGUCAGAGUGUGGGCUCCAUCUUUCUGGGGUGGGAGGCUUUGACUGAGUUUGUCCCAGAUAUCUACAUUGACUCCAUGGGCUACACCUUCACCUUACCUGUGUUCCGUUACCUGGGUGGUUGUCACGUGGGAAGCUAUGUGCACUACCCCACCAUCAGCACUGAUAUGCUGUCUGUGGUUCGAGAAAGGAAUCCGAGGUUCAAUAAUGCAGACUACAUUUCCAGUAACCCUGUACUGAGUGCUAUCAAAGUGAUUUACUACUGUGUUUUUGCGCUGCUCUACGGCCUGGCUGGCUCCUGUAGUGACGUGGUCAUGGUAAAUUCCACCUGGACGUUAGGUCACAUACUGGCUCUGUGGCGUGCUCCCAACUGCACCAGUGUGGUUUACCCACCUUGUGAUGUUCAGGCCUUUCUGGACAUACCUCUGGAGGAAAAGGCUCAGGAGAAAGAAAACAAAAAGUGCCACUCUAUCAUCUCUGUGGGUCAGUUCCGCCCUGAAAAGGACCAUCAACUGCAGAUCAGGGCUUUCAGAAAACUUCUAGACAGGAAGGGGGUGGAGUCUGCUGGUCGAAAGACUCUAAAACUGGUGUUGAUUGGUGGAUGUCGUAACCAGGAAGAUGAAGACAGGGUACUGAUGCUUAGGGGCUUGUGCCAGGAGCUGGGCAUGGCAGACAGGGUGGAGUUUAAACUCAAUAUUCCAUUUGAGGAACUGAAACAAGAUCUUACAGAUGCCAUGAUCGGGUUGCACACAAUGUGGAAUGAACAUUUUGGUAUUGGUGUGGUGGAGUGCAUGGCUGCUGGAACAAUCAUUCUGGCUCACAAAUCUGGUGGUCCUAAGCUGGACAUUGUAGUGCCCUAUGAUGGUGGUUCAACAGGCUUCCUAGCAGAUGAUGAAGACAGCUACGCAGAAGCAAUGGAACGAAUCCUUUCAAUGACUCCUGCUGCUCGGUUAGAGAUUCUGCGACGGGCCCGUCAGUCCGUCACCCGCUUUUCAGACCAGGAGUUUGAAGGCUCCUUCCUUGCAGCUGUUGAGCCUCUAAUGUCAGCAUUGGUGCUUUGACAGUGAGGGAGUGUGUGAGGGUACUCUCCGUACCUCAGUCACCAAGUGUCAGUCCUGACUGACUAUAGUAAAUCAGCCUAAUAUUGUUCAGUCUAGUUCACAAGCUUGUGCUGGCCCCAUAGUGCUGACUGAUAAUCAUCCCAUUUCUAGAGCAGAAGUGAGGAAUUUAUACAGAUUUGUCUUGUAAACUUUAAGAAACAUCACUAGGGUGAGGGAUGCAUCAUGGAAAAUGCUGGUUGUUCUGCUUUAACGACAUGACUCAAUGCUUUUAAACAGUGACAUUUAAUGAAAUGUUUAAGCACUGAUUAGAAGGCAUUUGUUGUUUAUUGAAACGCAAACAUAUUGUUCAUAUAUGUUUUUAUGUUAAGUCAAAUUAUAUGAUAAUUUAAUUAUAUAAUUGUACUUGUAAAUUAUAUUAGCUUUGUUUUGUCUCACAAUAGGUUUCAGAGGGUUUCACAACAAAAAUACAUUGUAUUAAAAAAGUGA